UGGGCAGCAAGGGAGCGGGCGGGAGUCAGGGAGCAGAGGAGCGGGCAGCAGCCGGGCAGACAGCCGCAGCCGGCCCGAUGGCAGGCAGGGGGCUCUUGCUGGGUACUGCUCACAGGCGAAGGACGCCAGAGCCGAGACCCUCCUGCGUCGGGGGGACUCGGGAGCCAACUUCAAACGACGAUGCUGGUACCGUGCUUGCAGCCCUCCAGGGUUUGAGCUGCGGGGCCGGACUAAGGUGUUCGCCCUGAAGCGCCAGAUACGAGGCAGAGCUCCGGGUCAGCGCGGGAGGGCGCGGAGCCGCUCCGCACCCGCGGAACCGGCGCGCCCACGUCUCCUCUGACGCGCCGGCGAGCGCCAGCCCUCCCCGGGGCCGGGGGGAGCAGCAGCGCCCGGGGAGAGGCGGAGCGGGGCCGCGCUUCUCUCCCCGCCUUCCGCACCUGGCCGAGCGGCGCGGCGCAGGGCGCGGGGCUGCGCGCGCCGGGGGAAGGGGGGUCGCUCCGCGAGCGCGCCGGGUGGGGAUGCGCAGCCCGCGGCGGCAGGAUGCGGGAGGGGAGCGCGGGCGGCCGCGGCGCGGAGAACCGGACGGGUGCCGAGCCCCCGCUGCCCGCUUUCCCCGUUCCCGUGCUCACCGGUAUCACCGUCGCCUGCGUUCUCCUCUUCGUUAUCGGGAUCAUCGGCAACCUCAUGACCAUGCUGGUGGUGUCACGGUUCCGGGACAUGAGGACCACCACCAACUUCUACCUGUCCAGCAUGGCCUUCUCCGACCUGCUCAUCUUCCUCUGCAUGCCUCUGGACCUCUUCCGCCUCUGGCAGUACCGGCCCUGGAACUUUGGGGAUCUCCUCUGCAAGCUCUUCCAGUUCAUCAGCGAGAGCUGCACCUACUCCACCAUCCUCAACAUCACUGCCCUCAGCGUGGAGCGAUACAUUGCCAUCUGCUUUCCCCUCCGAGCUAAAGUGAUCAUCACCAAGGGGAAGGUCAAGCUGGUCAUCCUCUUCCUCUGGGCCAUCUCCUUCAUUAGUGCCGGACCCAUUUUCGUCUUGGUGGGAGUCGAGCAUGAGAACGGCACCAACCCUCUGAGUACCAACGAGUGCCGAGCAACUGAGUAUGCCAUCCGCUCGGGGCUCCUCACCAUCAUGGUCUGGAUCUCCAGCAUCUUCUUUUUCCUGCCCGUCUUUUGCCUGACCGUGCUGUACAGCCUCAUCGGGAGGAAGCUCUGGAGGAGAAAAAGGAAGAAUAUUGGUCCAAACACUGUCAUCAGGGAUAAGAACAACAAGCAAACUGUGAAAAUGUUAGCUGUGGUGGUAUUUGCCUUCAUACUCUGCUGGUUGCCUUUUCACGUGGGACGAUAUUUAUUUUCCAAAUCCUUUGAAGCUGGAUCCUUGGAGAUAGCAGUGAUCAGCCAGUACUGCAACUUGGUGUCCUUUGUUCUCUUCUACCUGAGCGCAGCCAUCAACCCCAUCCUCUACAACAUCAUGUCGAAGAAGUACCGGGUGGCCGCUUGCCGGCUCUUUGGACUCAAACCCCUUCCCAAGAAGAGACUCUCCAGCAGGAAGCAGGAAAGUUCUCGCAUUUGGACAGAGCCAAACGUCAUCACAUGACAUGUGGUUUCCAGCAGCAGAGCAUCACUUACCCCUAGUUCCCAGAAAGCCAUAAUGAAGGAGAAAGAGGGCGAGAAACACAAACCCAAACAUUAAAGCUCUACUUCUGUCAUCGUCUGGGUUGCCAGAAAGCUGUAAUGUAGGCAGUUAAAGGAUUGGAGGGGGAAAAAAAAACAACCAACCCCCAAAAAACCCAACAACUAAAUGCUGAGACUAUAAAAGGAGAAAGAUGGUCACAGAGAUUUGGCAAGACUCAAGUAUUCUUUUUCUGCUGCUUUUGCCCACAUGAUUCUUUAGCAGUGACUGUAGCAGGGGAGCAGGGCUUCGCCGGCCUGCAGAGGCAAACCGGAGCCCAGCACACUUGAGAGUUUGUGUGACUUCAGCAGCAGCUAAUUCCAGCUGAAUUUUUCCAGAGUUAACUUAAGUUUUCCUAAGAAUUUUGCUUACAUAUAACUGGACCCGAGAGAGAGAAAAUUGUAUUACCUUUUUGGUGUGGUAAGCAUGGAAUUUGAUAUACUUUUCCUAGCCUUGGUUUUUAACUAAACAAAAGGUUGUCGGUGGGUUUUGUUAUUUCUUUUCUCUCCGAAUGAGGAAAAUAAUUUCUUAAACAAAGAAAGGGAGAAAUAAAAGGGAUAGUUUUAAAACAUGCUAAAUAUAAAUGACCUUCAUGUCCUAUCUCAGUAGAAAGGGGGAAAAGUACUUCUACAGAAGUGGCUUACGACAUGACUGUGCUGAAAUAUCUUCUUUUUAAAGGUGUAUCAGUGGGACAAGAACAGUGCUGACUUCAGGGCUGCAGCGAUGCUAUAAAAGUAUGGAAUGCAAUCUCCCACCAAAGUCUUUUCUAGCUAAAUCAUCUGUACCUGUUCUGUUCAGCUUGACUGUGAAUGACUCAAUGUGUUUGCCCUUGGAAGCCUUUAGCUGUUUAUGUUUGUAGUGAGUCUCUGUCUGCCUGUCCCUAUGCUGUGCAUCACCAUACCCUCAAAGUUUGUCUAGGACAGGUCUCCUGUCUCUAAAUUACUGGUUUCUGUUUCAAGCACAUCAGCUAGUUACCAGUACCCCACACCCCUAUGAAGCCCAGUGUGCCCUUGUUCUAGUUUGCUGCAAUAUUGUUAAGAACCUUUUGUAACCAAUGUGACCUGACAAAGUAAUAGAAAACUCUGCAUUGAAAGGCCCAAGCAGACACAUUCUCAUACUUGAUCCAUAACGAUUUUGAACUGAACAGGUUUUGAAAACUCACUAUGCCACUAAAAGGCAAAUCAAGAGGCUUUACAUCCUCUGUGCUAAUAACUAUGUCUUAUAUCACAUCCAUUGUCACACCAACACGUAGAUCUUGUGGUCCAGCUAACAGAGCUUUACAGCAUGCAUGUGCAAUAGCAGCUUUCUAUUUAUUUUGCUCUAGUAUUUAUUACCAGCUGGCCCACAAUUGAUUCUCCAUAAUGAAUUGUCUGUUAAGAAAAGUCCUACAGCCUUUCAAACUCCUGGUAAUGCUGGUGGGCCAUUUUCUGCCUGUUACACCUUUAGCUGAUGGUGCUGCUCAGGUAUAACUCAAAAGAGAAUUUGGCCUCUUCUGUACACACUGUGUUUGUUGUAUCACUCAGUGCUUUGCUAGGGCCAGGGGGAUGGUUGCUGCUCCCUAGCAUGUUCCCUGAGCCUAGCUUGGUCCCCACUCCAGCCCUUGCAGCAAGCACAGAGUUGAUGUGUGCUGACCUAUCAAGGCACAAAUAAGCAGCAGCAGCACUUGUUUUGCCUCUAACCACAACUUCCUUGUUCUUCACUUUGUUCUCUUGCUUGUUGUUGACUGACAAACAGAUCUGAUGGCAGAUGUCAUGCAACUCAGGGAAACAAGAAAUUUGGGAAUCUUUGCAAAGACUGUGUAGAUGUGAGCUCAUUAAUAACAGGACUGUGUAAAUGAACUGAUCAUACCCCCAGCAUCACAUUAUGUGUUUUAAAUCUCUGCCGUGUCUGUGGUAUUAAAUGUGAACAGAAAAAGAAAUAA